CACCGAUCUUUCACAAACCUCUGCUGCUGCUGCAACGAUGGGCCAGCCUGCAGCGGACACCUACCCCCACCAAGUCACUGGGUCGGGCGGUCCCACGGCGACAGCACCUUUCUUACGAGACUUCAGUCUUGUUGCAGAGGCAGCCAAGCGGGCACAAAUGUCCGUGAUGGUGCGAGAUCUGGAGAGUGUCACGCUAUAAAUGGCAUCAGCUGGGAGAAGGGCACCUCUGACAUCAUUGCUUAUCUCGGGGUGGGAGCACGGGACCAAUAUGACUGAUAGAUUGGAUGGGACUGUUGACGAGAUAGAGGAUAUCUAUCAUCUCCAUAUAUUUGAUUUCUUUUUGAUUAGAGAGGAGUGCGUGGUGUAUAUUUGCGGUUCAUUUAUCUAUGGGUGGGGUUGGGUGUUAUAUCUCUUUUUGGAUUCGUCCCUUCAGUCUGCUUUACACCUCGGUUUACCUACCUUCUACCUAAACCACUACUCAUCUCUUCUUUACAGGCUGAUUUCAUUGCGUUGGGUGAACUGCAAUUAUUCUGAUUGGCGAGCACAUACACAUUAUAUUAUUUACUAUUACUGUAGGUACAGGUACUUACUCCAUUUCGUUCUAAUUAUUUCCACUUUGAUUGGACACUACUACCAACACCACUCCUGUCGAUUAAUCUAUCUAAUAUCUACUCCAAAUUAACUAAUCUAUCCUUCCUUUCGGGCUUAACGGUCGGCGGAAACCAAACCAAACCAAGGCAGCCACUUACCUACAGAGAAGUACUAGCACUAAUAAUCAGUACUAUAUUGAACCCCCUCAUUUCGGAAAUCCCACUCCGUCCAUUCAUCCCUUCCCCUUCGAAAAAUUAUUCUCUUUUGUGUCAUAAUCCAUUCGAAAC